AUGGUGAACCCCGACAAUUCCUUUCCAAUGUUGUACGUCAGGGGAAGCAACUACGAUGUGGGAUUCAGUAUUGGAGGCACAUUCAGCAACCGAAUCAAGAUGUACAUUAACGAAUGUAAAGGAAUGAAUGAAACGAUAAUUCCAUUUUACGAUUCGCCAAGAGGUCGCGCCGUUUUUGACUUAACACUACGUAAAACAGAAGACAACUUUCCCCAGUACGUCGAUGAGAUCAAAGGCACGGCGCUGGGUGUAGGCCUGCCGUUUGAACGGCUGUUUUUACUCAACAUGGAACGAGACAUCGUCAACGGCCAUGCGAGAGUGAUCCAGGAAGACAAUACCGGCUGCAGCACCGUCCUCGUCAACACCCCGGAUGUAAAGCUGAUGGGCCACAACGAAGAUGGCAACCCAACGGUUCGAGACCACGGGUAUAUGCUGAGUGUGGCAAUCGAGAACGAGGCUGGCAGAGUGGACGAACAGUUUGUGGGAAUGUGCUACCCUGGGAAACUUCCCGGAAACACUCUGUCCUUCAACUACCAUGGACUCGUGACGGCCAUGGACAACAUCCGUGUCAAACAGGCCCCGGCUACGACACCAAGUCAGAUUGUGCUGCGAGCCAUGAUGGCGGCAAAACAUCUCGGCGAUCUUGUCACUAUCUUGACAAACAAAGGUUUCGGAUGUGUGGCUGGCAUGGCGGUGAAUGUGUGGUCGCUGAAUGACCUUGACUCGCCGUCGGUGAUUGAACUCUGUCCCAGCGACACGGAGUCGAGCUGUCACGUGAUCAAGAUCGAGGAGCCGAGCUACUACCACGUGAAUAUGUUCAGACACCGAGAAGCAGACGAACUGUUGCCCAAAACGAGUUCCGUGAGGCGCACAGAAAGAAUAAAGGAACUGUCGCCUCCCCGAUGUUUCGCCGAUAUCCGAGACAUCCUGGGCGAUACGGAGGUGAAGGAUUACCCUCUGUAUCGGUUACCGAGUCCAACAGACAACUCGGCAACGUAUUGUACUAGCAUCGUCGACAUGCUGAACAAAGAGCUGGUGGUGUAUCGAGGAAAUCCCAAGACCUCCAGGCCACUGAUACGUAUGCCCCUAACACUGUUCUAAACAUAGAACAGCAGCAGCAUUAGCAAUAGUAACAACAACAACAAGAAUAACAGUAGCAGCAGCAGCAGCAACAAUAACUACUGUCCUAAUCAUCACGUGCUUCCAGACAAUCUGACUUCAGAUCUUUUGUUAAUGUUUUAAAGACGCUACGGGUAUAUUUGUUCACAGAGACGAAAAUGGUUUUGUUGUCUAUUUAUUACAUACCCAUUAAAUCUUAUUAUAUAAAUACAGUCCUGAAUACAAAAAUGAAAUACACUUUUCCGUAUUCAACUCAACUGCCGGAACUAUGCCGUAUUCAACGCUACUAUUUAUAGCACAUGGUUACCGGGAAUGCCCUUAGCGAUAUGUAAACAAAGUUGGUGCUUGGUUUGAAUUGCUUAUUAAAGCAGUUAACUGUUAUGCAUGUUUAAAAUGCUAUUUUGUGGAACAUUUGAACUGAAAACAGACGAAAACGGUGACGAAUAUUUACAAUUUAAUGAGCGCGAUACCAAAACUAGAGACGGGAACACUACUCACCAACGAGCUUUUAAACCACGAUUACAGUCAACGACAGUUACUUUUUGGAGUCUUGUUUUGGCUUCAUACACAAUAAAUAAAAUAUAUCCAACGGUAAUUUUGUGAUAGGAUAUAUUUGACAAAAGGUACUUUUUAUUUCUUUUAUUUUUUAAAACUAA